GUGACGCGCUUUGUUGACGGUGCUCGCCGCAUUUGCCUGAUCGGACUCAUUUUUCUUCUGCUGCAAUGUCACCGCGGCGCUAAUAUGCAGCUAACGAAAAGGGCGAAAGGACAACACUGGCAUUGGGUUAAACGUGUUCAAUACUAAACAAGCCUCAAUAAAGCCAGUAAGAAUAUCGCCACCAAGAUGCUUUAGCUGCCACAUCCACACAAAAGGAAGAAUUGUUUUUUUACCCCGACAGGAAGAAGACGUGAAAAGCGUGAACAGUCCAUGUUGGAACCUGCUCCCGUACAAAGCCAAUCUCACCGGCCUAUUUUCUGAUCCCCUCUAUAUGAGUAAAAAUGGCGAUCAUCAGACAACUCAGGCUACUGGUGUGGAAAAACUAUCUCCAGCAGAAACGUAAAAUUCUGGUCACAUUAAUUGAGAUACUCCUGCCACUGCUCUUCUCGGGGAUCCUUAUCGGCUUGCGUCAGAGAGUGCCAAACUCGACCUUCCCAAAUGCUACAGUUUAUGGGUCUUUUCAAGUGGACAGUUUGCCCCAUCCCCUGCUCCAUUUAAUGCAGCUGGCCUAUGUCCCCCACAACUCCAGUGUGGUGCGGCAGGUGGCAGAGGACGUGCGUGCUAACCUGAAACUCCCAUCAGUGCGUGGAUUUGAUACAGAAGAUCAGUUUGAUGAGUUUGUCAGAAAUGACCCACAGUCUCAUCUCAUACUGGCUGCUGUUGUUUUUCACCACCCUCUGCUCCUCAAUGAUGAGCCCCUCCCCAUUAAGGUGAACUAUAGCUUGCGAUUCAGCUACACACCUCGCUUUGCACCUGUGCCAGAACAAAUGGAGUUCAACCCCAACAGUGAUCUGGAUUGGCACACACGGACCCUUUUCCCACUAUUCCAACUGCCUGGCCCUCGCGAGCAAUAUUCUGUGAUGGGGGGCACUCCUGGCUAUUAUAGAGAAGGCUAUCUGGCCGUACAGCAUGCAGUGGAUCGAGCCAUUAUGCGUUCUCAUAGUGGAGCAGCUUCUAACAGCUUGCUACAGAAGACCAGAGUUAUCAUGUCGAGGUUUCCCUAUCCCCCCUUUAUAUAUGAUGUCUACAUCCUGGUCAUUCAGAACCAGCUGCCCUUACUACUGGUCCUCAGCUUCACCUACUCAGCUGUUAACCUUGUACGAUUUGUUGUACAAGAGAAGGAACGAAAGCUCAAAGAGUACAUGAGAAUGAUGGGUCUCAGCAACUGGCUUCACUGGAGUGCCUGGUUCCUCAUGUUUUUCCUUUUCUUCUCGAUUUCUGUCUUGUUGGUCACCAUUUUGCUUUGUAUUCAGGUGACCUCAAAUGGAGCAGUGCUGACCCACAGUGACCCCACUCUGGUAUUUGUUUUCCUGCUGACAUUCACUGCGGCUACCAUUAAUUUUGGUUUUCUGAUCAGUGCCUUCUUCUCCAGGGCCAAUUCUGCAGCAGCAGCAGGGGGCUUCCUCUAUUUCCUGACAUACCUGCCUUACUUGUUUAUAUGGCCUCGCUAUGACUUACUGAGCCAUGCCCAAAAGGUUUCCUCCUGCCUUAUCUCCAAUGUAGCUAUGGCUAUGGGUGCUCAGCUUAUCGGGAUGUUUGAGGGCAAAGGCACGGGGAUCCGGUGGUCUAACUUAUUUGACGCUGUGACAGUGGAUGAUGACUUUUCCAUGGGGCAGGUGUUGGCUAUGCUCCUGUUUGACGCGGUGCUGUAUGGACUGAUGGCUUGUUACGUGGAGGCUGUGUUUCCUGGAGAGUAUGGCUUACCUCUACCGCCAUAUUUCUUUCUAUUGCCUUCAUACUGGAAAGGCAACCCUUUGCUAAAUGAGAAAGAGGAAGAAGAGGAUUCUGAAAAGGCACUGAAAGGAGAGUUUGUUGAGCAGGAGCCAGGUGGACUUGUUGCUGGGAUUAAAAUAAAACGUCUCGUUAAGGAAUUCAAAGUGGGCAAUAAGACUCGUAAGGCUGUACGGGAUCUUACACUAAACAUGUUUGAAGGGCAGAUCACGGUAUUGCUUGGACACAAUGGUGCUGGAAAGACCACAACACUGUCCAUGUUAACAGGACUGUUCCCACCCACAAGUGGUCGAGCUUAUAUCAGUGGUUAUGACAUCUGCCAAGACAUGGCCCUGAUUCGACAGAGCCUAGGCCUGUGCCCUCAGCAUGAUGUCCUCUUUGAUGACCUGACUGUCAAAGAACACCUGCUCUUCUAUGCACAACUAAAAGGCUACUGCAAAGAAAAAAUUCCAGAAGAAGUGGACCGAAUCAUCCAUAUCUUAAAACUUGAGAACAAAGAACGCGCUCGAGCCAAGACUCUUUCUGGGGGAAUGAAAAGAAAACUCUCUAUUGGCAUUGCUCUAAUUGGAGACUCUAAGGUGGUGAUGCUGGAUGAGCCUACGUCAGGUAUGGACCCUUCAGCCAGACGCUCCACAUGGGACUUGCUGCAGGGAGAGAAGCGGGGACGCACCAUCUUACUCACUACACACUACAUGGAUGAGGCUGAUUUGCUGGGAGAUCGGAUUGCUAUCAUGGCAGGGGGAGAAUUGCAGUGCUGUGGGUCUCCGCUGUUCUUAAAAAAUAAAUAUGGUGCUGGUUACCACAUGAUCAUAGUAAAAGAUGCCCUUUGUAAUGUGUCUGAGAUCUCUCGCCUGGUGUAUUUGUAUGUUCCCAAUGCCACUCUUGAGAGCAGCGCUGGGGCAGAGCUUUCCUACAUCCUGCCCAAAGAAAGCACCAGCAGGUUUGAGCUGCUCUUUGCUGAGCUGGAGAUGAACAGAGAAGAGCUGGGUAUUGCCAGCUAUGGAGCAUCAGUGACCACUAUGGAGGAGGUGUUUCUGAGAGUGGGAAAGUUGGUGGACUCUAGUUUGGACAUCCAGGCCAUCCAGCUACCUGCGCUGCAGUAUCAGCACGAGAGGCGUUCCCACGACUGGACUGCAGACGAUGCGAGUAGUAUCAGUGGUAUGACUGAUGUGACUGAUUUUACAGACAGUGGCACUAUAAUCUCAGAGGACUGCUCAAAUAUCAAACUCAACACUGGGAUAAAACUUCACCUGCAGCAGUUCUAUGCAAUGUUCCUGAAAAGGGCUUUAUACAGUUUUAGGAACUGGAAAGUCAUGGUGGCUCAGUUCUUAGUGCCUUUAAUCUUUACGGUUAUAGCCUUGGUUGUGGCUCGGACUUUACCUGGUGGCAAGGAUUUACCUUCACUCAACCUGGCAUUGAGGAACUAUGGGCCUACUAAAGUCCCUGUAGCUGUGCCGUCACGAUCCAGCCCUUUUACUGUGGCAUUAGCAAAAACAUACAGUUCCCAGUUCCCUGAUCAGCUGGCAAAAUUUGUGAACACCACAGACUUCAUUGAUUAUGUCCUUGUUAAUGCUAAGGCAGAGGGAGGGGUUUUCAAUGAGAAAUGUGUGGUUGGCGCAGCUUUUCAAGGCAAGACCAGCCAUUAUACUGAAGCAACUGCAUACUUCAACAAUCAGGGCUACCACACACCUGCCACUGCCCUGAUGAUGCUGGACAACGCACUGUUUAAGCUUGUAGCUGGCCCCAAUGCCUCCAUCCAAACUAACAACAACCCAAUGCCACGCAACAUGUCAGAAAUGGCAAAGAGCGAGCUUAGAGAAGGUCAAACCAGCUUCGCCAUUGCAAUAAACUUGAUGUAUGGUAUGGCCUCUCUGUCGAGCACCUUCGCUCUUCUGCUAGUAACAGAGUCAGCCAUUAAGUCCAAACAUGUCCAGAAGGUCAGCGGUGUGUAUCUUUCCAACUUCUGGUUUUCAGCUUUAUUGUGGGACCUGAUCAACUUCCUUCUGCCAUGUCUCCUCAUUCUGAUCAUUUUCAAGUGUUUUGGAGUCAAGGCCUUUACAGUGCACUACCACCUUGUAGACGUGUUGCUGAUAUUGCUGCUUUAUGGCUGGGCUAUAGUGCCUCUGAUGUACCUGCUCAGCUUCUUUUUCUCGACCCCUGCUUCCGCAUUCACGCGACUCACCAUCUUCAAUGUGAUCACAGGAACGGCCACUUUUCUAGCUGUUAUCAUCUUGAACAUUCCUCAAUUGCAAUUGCAGAACCUGUCCAAAAUACUCAGCAAAGUGUUCCUGAUCUUUCCCAACUAUUGUCUGGGCAUGUCGUUGAACCAGUUCUAUCAAAACUAUGAAUUCAUCUCAUUUUGUACCUCUAAUAAGCGUUACCAAGAUAUGUGCAAAAUAUUGAACAUCACGUAUCAGACUAAUUACUUUUCCAUGUCUUCGCCUGGCGUUGGACGAUUUCUUGUGGCUUUAUCCAUGCAGGGCCUUGUCUUUGUUCUUCUCCUGUUUAUCAUUGAACUGCAGUUUGUCAAAACACUCCAUCGCCUUAUCACCACGUUCUGCAUGCGACGUCGUCAGUUUCCUUUAUUGGUGAAUGCUGCACUACUUCCGGAAGACAGUGAUGUGGCUGAUGAGAGGAAGAGGGUGUUUGAAUGUCAGCCAGUUAUUGAGUCAAUGAUGGGUAGUCCUCUAAUUUUACAGGAGCUUAGCAAGGUUUAUUCUAGUGGGGGUAAUCUCCUUGCAGUAGACAGGUUGUCACUGGCUGUUGGUAAAGGGGAAUGUUUUGGUCUUUUGGGCUUCAAUGGUGCCGGCAAAACCACAACCUUUAAAAUGCUGACAGGUGAUGAGACAGUUACCUCUGGGGAUGCUUACAUUGAUGGAUACAGCAUCCUGAGAGACAUUAAGAAGGUCCAGCAGCGCAUUGGAUACUGUCCCCAGUUUGAUGCAGUUCUGGACCACAUGACAGGAAGAGAAACCCUAAGUAUGUAUGCCAGACUUAGAGGAAUACCAGAGAAAUAUGUCUCUGGCUGUGUGGAGAAUGUGCUGAGGUCCCUGCUCCUUGAGCCUCAUGCUGAUAAACUCAUCCGUAGUUACAGUGGGGGGAACAAGAGGAAGCUAAGUGCAGGCAUUGCUCUAAUUGGUGGGCCUCCUGUUAUCUUCCUGGAUGAGCCUUCCACUGGAAUGGACCCGGUUGCCAGACGGUUGCUAUGGGACGCUGUUACACACACACGAGAGUCUGGGAAAGCAGUAAUUAUAACUUCACACAGUAUGGAGGAAUGUGAGGCUCUUUGUACGAGGUUGGCUGUCAUGGUCAAUGGUCAGUUCAAGUGCCUUGGCAGUCCCCAACACCUGAAAAGCAAGUUUGGCAGCGGUUACACCUUGUUGGCUAAAGUCCAUGUAGAAGCUGAUUUGGAAGACACCGACCUACUUCUAUUCAAAAACUUUAUUGAAAGCACCUUUCCAGGAAGUGAACUAAAGGAUGAGCAUCAAGGAAUGGUACAUUAUCAUCUGACUGACAAAACACUUACUUGGGCCCAGGUGUUCGGCACUUUAGAAGCAGCCAAAGAGAAAUAUCACAUUGAAGAUUAUUGUGUGAGUCAGAUUUCACUGGAGCAGGUGUUUCUUAGCUUUGCGCAGUUCCAACAUUGCACACAAGGAGGGAAGUAAUCCAUCCACUGAUUGUAUGUUUUUUAAUGUUUGCUUGUGUGUGACUGUGCAUACAUGAACUUUACAGACUCACAACCACAAGAUGUCUUUUUUAUUCGCAUUUGUGUCUUUGUGGCACUUUUAUUUUUUUGUUACAGAAGAUGUUUAAAGGCAGUGGGAGUUAAGAAAAAAAACUGCCUACUGCACUUUAACUACUUUUACUACUGUUUUUGAAGAGUUUACGUGUGUAGUUAUUUAUAAUUUCAUUGCUUGAUUUUGUGCUUUUUUGUUUAUAUGACCAAUCACAAUCAAAUUAACCACUCCAUUUUAUAUUUAUAGACAAAUCACUGCACACAGAGGCCUUAUCAAAUCUUUUAUUUUAUUUUUGUUUUUUUAAUCUACAUACAGAAAAAGUUUAACGUGUAAAUAGACAUGCAAAAAAUCCAAACCAACUUGGAAAAAGUACUAAUGCAUGUUUUGAUUUGCCUUGUUUUGCAAAUUUUGUACAAUGUUGUUUUUUUAAUAUUCAUACACUUGAUACAAGGUACAGUGAAUGUAAGACGUUAAUCUUUAGUUCAUCAUGUUCAGUUUUUCAAUAGGAAUUUCAAACUACCCAAAAUUGUGUGCUGCAGAAAAUAUACUAAAAUAAUACUGAAAUUGUCCCCAGUCAGUAUAUUCGCUCACAGAUCAUUGACAGUAGCAAAUGUAUUUAGUAAUUAACAUUGUACAGCCCAUCUAAAGUCGUACUUAAUUCAAUGACUCAUGAAAUAUGUAAACAACACUAACAUUCCUAAAGAAUGGGGUUUACUUAAUUUUAUCAGUUUUUUAUGUGUGUAAUAUAUGUACAAAAAACAAAUACAAUGCAAAAGAAUCCACUGAUUUACACACUGAUACAUGAAAUGAAGCUGCUUUUAUUGAUCAGAACCAAAAGGGAAUUUACACCAUUUUAUUGCAUAUGCUGUAAUGUACUAUGAACUGAUAUUGUAUACAUGCUUUCUUUUUAAUUAAAAUAUAUGCUCUAUGCA